AUGCCACUGAAACAAGAAAGCCUUGUUUCCCCUUUUAACAAGACUGAUAACCCUGGUCUCACUGGCCAAUUUGAGGUUUCCAUAUCAGACAAGUGUCCCCUCUACCCAAUAUCUGGAACAACAAGCUCUCGAACAGAUGAUGAGAGUUCACCACGGAUUACCUUGCAACGACCUUUUGUCUAUUUUGAACGAACGUACAAUCAAAUUUAUGUCAACCAUAACGGACACUUGACAUUUGACAAUCCAAUGAGUACAUAUCAACCUACAAGAUUCCCCCUACACGGAUCCAGAGACAUCAUAGCUCCAUUCUGGACAGAUUUGGACAACAGGCAAAUGGGUCAGGUCUACUACAACCAAUACACCAGUGGCAGUGUUCUCCAACAAGCAACCCGUGACAUUAAUAACUACUUCCCCAACAUAAACUUCAAUGCCAACUGGGUCUUUGUUGCAACAUGGUAUGAGGUGGCGUACUAUCCAAAUUCAGGAACACGCACAACUGUCCAAGCGGUAUUGAUCUCAGGAGGCCAGUAUUCUUUUAUUCUGAUGAACUAUGGGAUAAUAGCCUCAACAAAUUUGAAUGUACAGGCUGGCUAUGACACAAUAAACUCCAUUAACUACUUAAUCAUCCCUGGUUCGUUCUCUGACAAUGCAACAGGCCGUAACUCAAAUUUCCGCCUUAGCAGCAAUGUCAAUGUACCUGGACGCUGGGCUUUCCAGACAGACCAUGGAUCAAGACACUGCUCUUUCAAUGGUGAAACUGUACAGCUGGGAGACUCAUUCUGGAGUGACAGCACCUGUGCACAGAAGUGCACCUGCACCUCAACAGGACUGCAGUGUCACAACCAACCCUGCUCCUUUUCCCAAAUCUGCCAGCCCAGUGACAUUCAGUUUUCCUGUCAGACAGUGCAGAGGGGAACCUGCACCAUUAUUGGUGAUCCACACUACUAUACCUUUGAUAACACAGUGUUUCACUUCCAGGGCACCUGCACCUAUGUCCUCUCUGAGCAAUGUGGUCGUGGGCUGCCCUACUAUAGAGUAGAGGGCAAGAAUGAGCACCGGGGCAGCACUCGAGUUUCUUGGACUCGACUGGUUAAAGUGUUUGUCUAUAAUGAAACUAUUGAGCUUGUCAAAGGACAUCGUGGUGAGGCUAAGGUUAAUGGAAACUUUGCAGCCACUCCAUUCUACCUCAACAACGGCACUGUCCAGGUGUAUGAGUCAGGUUUUUCUGUCAUCUUCAGUACUGACUUUGGUUUGGAGGUAUCUUAUGACACAGAUCAUUAUGUCAGAAUCAGUGUGCCCUACACUUACCAGAAUGCAACAUGUGGCCUGUGUGGAAACUUUAACAAUGAUCCUGGGGAUGACUUUCGAACCCGCCAAGGUGAGGUUGUGAGCUCUGAUGUGGUUUUUGCCAACAGUUGGCAAGCAACAGGGGACGAUGAGCCUGGUUGUGAGGCGCAAUGUGCAGGUCUUGAUUGCGCUUCCUGCACUGAGGCUCAGAAAACUUUAUACAGUAAUACUGCUCAUUGUGGUAUCCUUGAGAGCAGUUCUGGACCCUUUGCUGAUUGCCAUCAACAGCUUCCCCCACAGACCAUUGUGCAGAGUUGUGUGUACGAUCUGUGUAUAGUAGGAGGAUACCAGCCUAUUCUGUGCCAAGCACUAAAUGUGUAUGCAAGUCAGUGCCAACUGAAUGGUGUACAGCUCCCAAGCUGGAGGACGCAAGACUUCUGUGAAAUCCCCUGCCCAGCCAACAGCCAUUUCGAAUCCCAAGGCACGGGAUGUCCUGCUACCUGUGUCAAUCCCAAUUCUACCUACAAUUGUCCUCUCCCUGCCCAGGAGAGCUGCAUCUGUGAUUCAGGCUAUGCCCUCAGUGGUGGGCUCUGUGUCCCUCAAGCUGAAUGUGGCUGUAGCUUUGAGGGUCGCUACUACCGCUCUGGAAAAACUGUUAUACCAGAUCAGGACUGCGGGAGACGUUGCAAUUGCAGUUAUGGCUUCAUGACCUGCCACUCUCAUGGUUGUGGCCCAUUUGAAUCAUGCAGUGUGGAGGAGGGAGAAAGAGGAUGUAGACCUAAGAGCUAUGGAACAUGCUGGAUAAGGGGCCCAGGUUCAUAUCAUACAUUUGAUGGUCUGACAUACCAGUAUCCUGGGGCAUGUCGAUUGACUCUUGCCAGAGUGAUGGGAUGGUCUAAUCAUCCCCAUUUUGUAGUAACAGCAGAAAAAGUGCCCAGAGGCCAGCAAGGCUUUGCCAGGGUCCUGAAAUUUGAGGCAGAGGGCACACAUGUGUCCAUUGAGAUGGCAACAAGCAGCAGAGUUAAGAUUAAUGGUCAGAUCAUCAGACUACCGUUCAGCUCAUCCAUGAACCGAAUCCGCAUCUACCACAGCAGCAUUCACAGUAUCAUCCUUCACACCUCCUUUGGUGUAACGUUGCAGACAGUCUGGCCUCACUUUGUGCGAGUCACUGCACCUGGAAUCUACAAUGGUUCACUUAGUGGACUCUGUGGUGAUUACAAUGGUAACCCACAGGAUGACUUCCGCACACCCAAUGGCAUCUUGGUCAACAGCUCUCAGGUCUUUGGGGACAGUUGGCGAGAUGGCUCCCUCGCUGCGCAUUGCGUGGAAAGUGUAAAUAGUAACUAUACAACAAAUAACAACUCCAGUGAGUACUGUGGUACUCUUAUCUCGCAUGGGCCAUUUGCCCAAUGUUGGGCAACAGUGGACCCAUGGCAGCAUGUGGAAGCAUGUGUAGAGAUCCUUAGGGCCUCUAGAGAUCUGCCACUAGCGCUAUGUGAAGUUCUACGUGAUUAUGCACUAAUGUGCCAGCAGAACGGCAUUUCCCUAGGACACUGGAGGAAUGCAACUGGGUGUGAGCAAACCUGCCCACUAAACAGCCAUUAUGAACUCUGUGGAACAACUUGUCCCUCUGCCUGUCCCAGCCUUUCCUUCCCCUACUCCUGUGACACCGUGUGCCAGGAGGGUUGUCAGUGUGAUGAUGGUUUUGUCCUCAAUGGUAACCAGUGCGUUCGACCAACAAACUGUGGAUGCCAUCACCAAGGACGCUAUCGGGAAGGUGGUGAACAGUUCUGGGAUGGUGAGGAAUGUCGGAAUUUGUGUAAGUGUAAUGGCACAACUGGAGCAGUCCACUGUAUCCCAAACACCUGUAGUCCCCAGGAGUCCUGCCGUGUGGUGGAGGGUGAGUUUGGCUGCCAUCCAAACCCUCAUGGCACCUGCUCUGCAUCUGGGGACCCCCACUAUCUCACGUUUGAUGGCAAGGCCUAUGACUUCCAGGGAACCUGCCGCUAUGUUCUGGCAACCCUGUGCAACACCACUGAUGGGCUCCGACAAUUUUCUGUGGAAGCUAAGAAUGAGCCGUGGAGUGGGUUGCCAGUUUCAAUCACAGCUGAAGUUUAUGUGAAUGUGUGGGGCUAUCGAGUGCAUAUUUCCAGGGAGGGAAAUGGUUUAGUUCAAGUGAAUGGAGUGACAAGAAAUUUACCUAUUCUCUUGAGCAGAGGUCAGGUGUCUAUCUAUGCAAGUGGACCUCGUGUAUUUGUCAGUGCCGACUUUGGCUUGAGUGUCACCUAUGAUGGAUACAGUACGGUGUUAAUCUCUGUACCUUCAAAUUACAGUGGAAAAACGUGUGGACUUUGUGGGAACUUCAACGGAAAUCCAAAUGAUGACUUCCACACCCCGUCUGGAAUGAUGGUCACCUCCCCAUCUCAGUUUGGGACAUCCUGGAAAGUGGUGGGCAACUUCACUUGCAGUGAUGGCUGUGGCUCCUCCUGUCCACAAUGUACCAAUGAUCUUCCUGCUAGAGCUCAGUGUGAGGUGAUUCAAGCAGCCCAAGGACCCUUAAGCUUCUGCCAUGAGCAGGUGGACCCAAGACCAUUUUUCAGUGACUGUGUGUUUGAUGUGUGUGUGUCGCGAAAUGAGGGCCAAGAUCUUCUGUGCAGGGCCAUUCAGGCAUAUGUCAGUGCCUGUCAGUCUGCUAAUGUUCGAAUCUACCCUUGGAGACAGAACACCACCUGCAGACUGGACUGUCCAACUAACAGCCAUUAUGAGCUGUGUGGUACUGACUGUGGACAAGCUUGUGCCAGUGUUACCGAUGCCACCUGCGAGCAGGUUUGCUCUGAGGGAUGUUUCUGUGGUGAGGGCUUCGUCAGAAGUGGGACACAUUGCGUCCCUGUGGAACGCUGUGGCUGCCAAUAUGAUGGCUUCUACUAUGAAGCUGGUGAAUCAUUCUGGACAGAAGGUUGCUCCCAGCGAUGUGAAUGUCAUGCUCCCAAUGACCUGCACUGUUCUGCUGCAUCUUGCACCCCUGCACAAGAGUGCACCAUCAAAAAAGGCCAGCUGGGUUGUUUCAAUGCAAUAACUACUUGCACUGUGUGGGGUGAUCCACACUACAUCACCUUCGAUGGGGCACUGGCUCAUUUCCAGGGCACGUGCUCUUACAUCAUCACUGAGAGUGUGAGCCACAGCACCAAUGAAACAGAGUUUCAGGUAGUAGCCACAAAUAAUCACCGUGGCAACAACCAUGUGUCAUUUGUGUCAGCAGUGGAUAUAUACCUCUCAAAUCACCCAGAGAUUGCAUAUGUCAGAAUUGGGCCCAACAAAAGAGUAAAGGUAAAUGAUGCUGAAGUGUCUCUUCCAACCACAGCAGGGACCUUAGCUCGGGUUCUAAGGCAGGGAAGCUAUGUAGUAGUUGAUGCUGGUGACCUGAUAGUCCAGUUUGACGGCCGGAGUACUUUACUGGUCAGAAUCGGUCAAAACCGUGAAAAUAGAGUCACUGGGAUGUGUGGCAACUUCAACAGUGAUCGUGCAGAUGACAAAGUCUUGCCUAAUGGUAUAUUGGCACAAAAUGACAAUGAGUUUGGACACAGCUGGAAGGCAAACACAAGUCAACCAAGUUGUGGAUCCACAGAUGAUCGGAGCGGUGACGGAUUGAACGAUUGUCCCUUCAGGGAGCAAUACUCUGAACUCUGUAGUGUCAUCACCAACUCUAGUGGUCCGUUCAGUGCCUGUCACCUUCACUCAGACCCCCAGCCAUUUUUCAGUUCCUGUGUCUAUGAUCUCUGCCUCUACACUCCAGCCAAUGGCAUGCUGUGCUCUGCUGUCUCAGCUUAUGAAAGAACCUGCUCUGUCUUGGGUUUGAACAUCCCUGAGUGGCGCUCUGCUUUGCUGUGUGCUGAGUCAGACCCCUGUGAACAUCUGGACUGCACAGAGUAUGAGUGGUGUGGUGAGAAGGAUGGUGUGUACGGAUGCUUCUGUGAUGAGCACCAUCAUCGGUCCAACAAUGAAAGCUAUGACUCAUCCAUCACUUGUAUCAGUAGUUCAGGUACCAUGUCCCUGUCCCGCUGCCAGCUGUUUGAAGCUGGUUUCCAGCCCAGUGCCCUACACCUCCGAGAGGACUCCUGCAAUGGGACUGUCCAGGAUGGACGACUGGUGUUCCAUUUUAACAAUGAUGACCAGCUGUGUGGGACAAUACUGAGGAGCAAUGGAACCCAUUUCAUCUAUGAGAACACCGUCCAGGGUGAUGUGGACCCUCAUGAAGGUCUGAUCAGCCGCCAGAGGAACUUGCCCUUCUGUUGUGUAUACCCUCUGACUGAUACUCUGUCUAUGACUGUGGGCAUCAACCCUGUGGAGAGCAUUGUGCGGAAGAAGCUUCCAUCUGGCCAUGGACAGUAUCAUAUGAGAAUGAUCCCCUAUCAGGAUGCAGGCUUCCGCUUCCCCCUCACCAGUAACCGUAACAUAGUAGUGGAAGUAGACCAGAGGUUGUACAUCGAGGUGCGGACAGAGGGAGUUGACCAACGGCAGGUCUCCACCACUUUGGACUCUUGUUGGGCCUCGCCUGUCAACAGCGCUAGCUAUCCUCGCCGAUGGGAUCUCAUCACUGCAGAGUGUCCUAAUCCAGCAGAUGGCACAGUAGAGCUGACUCAGAAUGGCGUGUCCACUGCGGCACGUUUCUCUUUCAGGAUGUUCACCUUCACCAACUUUUCAUCCAUCUACCUGCACUGCCAGGUCCACCUGUGUCUUUUGAGCCACAACAACUGCACAACUCAUUGCUACCCGGGUUACCACAGGAGAGUUCAGAGGGAUGUAUCCUAUCAUGACACUGCAUCCAUCUCACUGGGUCCACUCGAGCUGACACCAAAUAGCAGAGGUCUCUUGCAGAUGAGUAGUGCCUCAGGCAAGUUAACUUCCCUGGUGAUCCUGAUUGUCAGUCUGUGUGGGGACUCCUCAGGUUGUCCCCUCUACCCAAUAUCUGGAACAACAAGCUCUCGAACAGAUGAUGAGAGUUCACCACGGAUUACCUUGCAACGACCUUUUGUCUAUUUUGAACGAACGUACAAUCAAAUUUAUGUCAACCAUAACGGACACUUGACAUUUGACAAUCCAAUGAGUACAUAUCAACCUACAAGAUUCCCCCUACACGGAUCCAGAGACAUCAUAGCUCCAUUCUGGACAGAUUUGGACAACAGGCAAAUGGGUCAGGUCUACUACAACCAAUACACCAGUGGCAGUGUUCUCCAACAAGCAACCCGUGACAUUAAUAACUACUUCCCCAACAUAAACUUCAAUGCCAACUGGGUCUUUGUUGCAACAUGGUAUGAGGUGGCGUACUAUCCAAAUUCAGGAACACGCACAACUGUCCAAGCGGUAUUGAUCUCAGGAGGCCAGUAUUCUUUUAUUCUGAUGAACUAUGGGAUAAUAGCCUCAACAAAUUUGAAUGUACAGGCUGGCUAUGACACAAUAAACUCCAUUAACUACUUAAUCAUCCCUGGUUCGUUCUCUGACAAUGCAACAGGCCGUAACUCAAAUUUCCGCCUUAGCAGCAAUGUCAAUGUACCUGGACGCUGGGCUUUCCAGACAGACCAUGGAUCAAGACACUGCUCUUUCAAUGGUGAAGCUGUACAGCUGGGAGACUCAUUCUGGAGUGACAGCACCUGUGCACAGAAGUGCACCUGCACCUCAACAGGACUGCAGUGUCACAACCAACCCUGCUCCUUUUCCCAAAUCUGCCAGCCCAGUGACAUUCAGUUUUCCUGUCAGACAGUGCAGAGGGGAACCUGCACCAUUAUUGGUGAUCCACACUACUAUACCUUUGAUAACACAGUGUUUCACUUCCAGGGCACCUGCACCUAUGUCCUCUCUGAGCAAUGUGGUCGUGGGCUGCCCUACUAUAGAGUAGAGGGCAAGAAUGAGCACCGGGGCAGCACUCGAGUUUCUUGGACUCGACUGGUUAAAGUGUUUGUCUAUAAUGAAACUAUUGAGCUUGUCAAAGGACAUCGUGGUGAGGCUAAGGUUAAUGGAAACUUUGCAGCCACUCCAUUCUACCUCAACAACGGCACUGUCCAGGUGUAUGAGUCAGGUUUUUCUGUCAUCUUCAGUACUGACUUUGGUUUGGAGGUAUCUUAUGACACAGAUCAUUAUGUCAGAAUCAGUGUGCCCUACACUUACCAGAAUGCAACAUGUGGCCUGUGUGGAAACUUUAACAAUGAUCCUGGGGAUGACUUUCGAACCCGCCAAGGUGAGGUUGUGAGCUCUGAUGUGGUUUUUGCCAACAGUUGGCAAGCAACAGGGGACGAUGAGCCUGGUUGUGAGGCGCAAUGUGCAGGUCUUGAUUGUGCUUCCUGCAUUGAGGCUCCGAAAACUUUAUACAGUAAUACUGCUCAUUGUGGUAUCCUUGAGAGCAGUUCUGGACCCUUUGCUGAUUGCCAUCAACAGCUUCCCCCACAGACCAUUGUGCAGAGUUGUGUGUACGAUCUGUGUAUAGGAGGAGGGUACCAGCCUAUUCUGUGCCAAGCACUAAAUGUGUAUGCAAGUCAGUGCCAACUGAAUGGUGUACAGCUCCCAAGCUGGAGGAGGCAAGACUUCUGUGAAAUCCCCUGCCCAGCCAACAGCCAUUUCGAAUCCCAAGGCACGGGAUGUCCUGCUACCUGUGUCAAUCCCAAUUCUACCUACAAUUGUCCUCUCCCUGCCCAGGAGAGCUGCAUCUGUGAUUCAGGCUACGCCCUCAGUGGUGGGCUCUGUGUCCCUCAAGCUGAAUGUGGCUGUAGCUUUGAGGGUCGCUACUACCGCUCUGGAAAAACUGUUAUACCAGAUCAGGACUGCGGGAGACGUUGCAAUUGCAGUUAUGGCUUCAUGACCUGCCACUCUCAUGGUUGUGGCCCAUUUGAAUCAUGCAGUGUGGAGGAGGGAGAAAGAGGAUGUAGACCUAAGAGCUAUGGAACAUGCUGGAUAAGGGGCCCAGGUUCAUAUCAUACAUUUGAUGGUCUGACAUACCAGUAUCCUGGGGCAUGUCGAUUGACUCUUGCCAGAGUGAUGGGAUGGUCUAAUCAUCCCCAUUUUGUAGUAACAGCAGAAAAAGUGCCCAGAGGCCAGCAAGGCUUUGCCAGGGUCCUGAAAUUUGAGGCAGAGGGCACACAUGUGUCCAUUGAGAUGGCAACAAGCAGCAGAGUUAAGAUUAAUGGUCAGAUCAUCAGACUACCGUUCAGCUCAUCCAUGAACCGAAUCCGCAUCUACCACAGCAGCAUUCACAGUAUCAUCCUUCACACCUCCUUUGGUGUAACGUUGCAGACAGUCUGGCCUCACUUUGUGCGAGUCACUGCACCUGGAAUCUACAAUGGUUCACUUAGUGGACUCUGUGGUGAUUACAAUGGUCACCCACAGGAUGACUUCCGCACACCCAAUGGCAUCUUGGUCAACAGCUCUCAGGUCUUUGGGGACAGUUGGCGAGAUGGCUCCCUCGCUGCGCAUUGCGUGGAAAGUGUAAAUAGUAACUAUACAACAAAUAACAACUCCAGUGAGUACUGUGGUACUCUUAUCUCGCAUGGGCCAUUUGCCCAAUGUUGGGCAACAGUGGACCCAUGGCAGCAUGUGGAAGCAUGUGUAGAGAUCCUUAGGGCCUCUAGAGAUCCGCCACUAGCGCUAUGUGAAGUUCUACGUGAUUAUGCACUAAUGUGCCAGCAGAACGGCAUUUCCCUAGGACACUGGAGGAAUGCAACUGGGUGUGAGCAAACCUGCCCACUAAACAGCCAUUAUGAACUCUGUGGAACAACUUGUCCCUCUGCCUGUCCCAGCCUUUCCUUCCCCUUCUCCUGUGACACUGUGUGCCAGGAGGGUUGUCAGUGUGAUGAUGGUUUUGUCCUCAAUGGUAACCAGUGCGUUCGACCAACAAACUGUGGAUGCCAUCACCAAGGACGCUAUCGGGAAGGUGAUGAACAGUUCCGGGAUGGUGAGAAUUUGUGUAAGUGUAAUGGCACAACUGGAGCAGUCCACUGUAUCCCAAACACCUGUGGUGCCCAGGAGUCCUGCCGUGUGGUGGAGGGUGAGUUUGGCUGCCAUCCAAACCCUCAUGGCACCUGCUCUGCAUCUGGGGACCCCCACUACCUCACCUUUGAUGGCAAAGCCUAUGACUUCCAUGGAAAAACGUGUGGACUUUGUGGCAACUUCAACGGAAAUCCAAAUGAUGACUUCCACACCCCGUCUGGAAUGAUGGUCACCUCCCCAUCUCAGUUUGGGACAUCCUGGAAAGUGGCGGGCAACUACACCUGCAGUGAUGGGUGUGGCUCCUCCUGUCCACAAUGUACCAAUGAUCUUCCUGCUAGAGCUCAGUGUGAGGUGAUUCAGGGAACCGACGGUUCCUUAAGCUUCUGCCAUGAGCACGUGGACCCAGGACCAUUCUUCAAUGACUGUGUGUUUGAUGUGUGUGUGUCGGGAAAUGAGGACCAAGAUCUUCUGUGCAGGGCCAUUCAGGCAUAUGUCAGUGUCUGUCAGUCUGCUAAUGUUCGAAUCUACCCUUGGAGACAGAACACCACCUGCAGACUGGACUGUCCAGCUAACAGCCAUUAUGAGCUGUGUGGUACUGACUGUGGACACACUUGUGCCAGUGGUACUGAUUCCACCUGCGAGCAGGUUUGCUCUGAGGGAUGUUUCUGUAAUGAGGGCUUUGUCAGAAGUGGGACACGCUGUGUCCCUGUGGAACGCUGUGGCUGCCAAUAUGAUGGCUUCUACUAUGAAGCUGGUGAAUCAUUCGGGACAGAAUUGCCCAGCGAUGUGAAUGUCAUGCUCCCAAUGACCUGCACUGUUCUGCUGCAUCUUGCACCCCUGCACAAGAGUGCGCCACCAAAAACGGCCAGCUGGGUUGUUUUGACGCAAUGA